AAAGGGUAUGAAACUACGUUGAGCAGGCCUGCCAACUCUCACGCAUCUGGCGUGACACUAAUGUUUACAGACUCUCACUCGCAAGAAAUCUUACGGCUAGUCUACAUUUUUCAACUACACACCCAAAAUUAACUACAUCAAAACCGUCGGGGCUGUAUUCAAACCCUACAGAAUACUUACAAGGUAACAGAACUCUUACAUGUAAAGGUGUGUAGACUUGUCUCGAAAUAAAAAUCUCGCGGCAGUCAUUUGACGUAAGUUUGCAGCCCUAGUUAAAGCAUUGCAUAAACUUCCACAAGGUGAUCACCAACACUCCAGGCAUUGCCGGUACGGGUCGAGAGUGUUCAGGUGGGCAGGCUCCCAGGUGAACUUCCUGUUUAGAACAUUGCUGCUCAAUACGUGCACAGUCUGGAAAUGGAGGUCAUUACAGAGCUGUCCAGUCGAGCUGUCCAUAAGUAUGAAGAGCUCAAAGAAGACUGUGAGAGGCAUAAGAUGGAGUGUAAGAGAAUGGAGGAAGAGCGUGACGAGGCUUUACGGAAAUUAAAAGAAUUUCAGAGUGUGUCCCACAUGGUGAUUGAGGAGGUCAGCGCCAUCCAGGAGAACCUGGAGAUUGAGAAGUCUUGCCGGCAGAGUGCCGAAGUGCUGGCCUCCAAGCUGCAUCGGCAGAACCGCUCCUUAAAGAGGAAGAGCAUGCAGCUCCUGGCCCACCUUGGGCCAGAGGUCAUCACCGAGAUCAGCCUGGAGGACGAGGAGGAUGAAGACAAGGAGGCGGAGGAAGGGCAGGAUGGCACGCCAUGCUCCUCUGGCCACUGCAAGAAGAUCAUCACAGAGCUGCAGGACAGACUGCAGAGUAUCCUGGAAGUGAAGACACAAACUGCUGUGCAACUGGAGGUGAUGCGGGAGGCGCUACAGGAGGCCAGGGAGGAGCUGCUGAAGGAGAAACACCAUAAUGCCAUUUUGAUUGGCAAGACACUUCAACAAAAGGAGCUCUUGAACAAGUACAACAGAGUGUCCAUGCUGGCAGUAGAGGAAUAUGAGGCUCUCCAGGGAAACCUGCUGCUGGAGAAGGACCUCAGGGAGGAGGCUGAGAGCUUUGCCCGGGAGAUGCUGGUGGAGCAGAAGAAGCUGAACAGACAAAGUCAGAUCCUAUUCAAGAGCGCCGCUCCCAGCGAGGCUCUGCAGGAAGCCCUGCUGGAGGUGGCCAGGCUGACUCAGGCCCUGGAGCAGGAGAGGAUGGAGCACCAACAGCAGAUGAAGGCUGUCCAAAACGCGCCUCCCAGUAUGGAGCAGAAGGAGGCUUCAGCGCUUUGCCGUCAACUUCAGCUGCUGGAGGAGGAGAAGGCGGAGUGGGAGCAGCGGAGCCGGCAGGCGGAAGAGCAGGCCAAGGACCUCCGCUUUCGAGUGGAGGAGCUUCAAAAGAAGCUGCAGGCAGCAAUUAACCCUAUUCCCACUGCGGCCCCACCCCCUCCCCCUCCGCCACCGCCACCGCCACCCCCACCCCCCCCUCCACCAAAUACAGCCCCAUCGAACCCCCUCAGCUCUUUGCUAUCUCUUCUGCGUAAGAAGAAACAGACAAGCGAUGAAUUUCCUCUUGUUGUCCAGGACUCUGCAAAGAUGGAGACAGAGAAGAAAGAGCCAGACAUCCGGCAGCAGGCUGUUGACGAAAUGAUGCAGCGUAUCAAGAAGGGGAUCCAGCUUCGUCCAGUGCAGCAGGGCUCCAGGAGCAGCAAGCAGCCUAAGGAACAUAAUAUGCCGCCACCCUCUGCAGUUCGGGAACUCAAAGGAAUCCUGGACUCAUUUCGGCGAGCAUCCCUGGUCCCGUGUGCAGCUGGAGUUCGUGUGGGGGCUACACAGUCAGAACUGGAGAUGGCGCUGCAGAGACGCCGGCGGGCAGUCAAUUCCACCCAGGAAAACUCAGGAACCACUUCACACCUGCUGCAGCACACGGUUCACGUGGAAAAGGACAGCAAGUAAACAGACGUACCGGAAGGUGGGGGAAAAAAACAAUGGCUGGCCAAGCCGAGAGCGAUAAGCCAUAUCCCGCAGCAGCCGCGAUACCAUUUACUCACGGGUCUCACCACAGACACUGGAUUCGCCGAUAUGAUGGAAAUAAUGAAAUGUAACAAAUUUCUUAUUAUUCCACGUAAAACAGAUGAUGAUGGUAUGUGUAAUUGACUAAUUUCUGUUUUUAGAAUGUGCUGUUUUGUACAGUAUACAUUUUUUAUGUACCACUAGUGAUUUGGUUUUUACUCUGUUGUAUUGUUUCCAUUAGGUUCUACUUUUUGAAAAUACAGUACUAGGUUGUGUUUCUAACAGUAACUUUAUUUGUACUUGUAUGAAGCAUAUAUAAAAUUGCCGUAGGUGUAAAUAUUGGAAUUACUUUAAGUGACAGAUUACUGGAAUUAUCAGGCAACUGUCUAAUCAUACAUGAACAAUGAGAAAUUUGUUGAGUGUUUCGUAGAUUGUCCUGCUCUCAUGUUCCAAGUGAAUUGGGAAAACCAGUUACCUCUCUUGAACCUGUUGGAGGAAAAAAAGAAAAAAAAAACAUUACAUUGAAAAGACUUAGGAGCGGCACCCUUGUGAAGUGCUGUCAUACAGUUGGGUGUUAUGACUGUAAUGUUUGAAAGCCGAGAGUCUCUCAAGUGACCAUCAUAGUUGAACACACCCCAAAUUAGCAAACGCUCCCCUCCCAGGGCAGUACAGGCCUCGCGUCUGCCUUUGCUGUAGUGCAGAGGUUCAUCCUUUAUUUUAUAUAAAGAUGAACUUCCUUUUCAGGGCCUGUGCAGUGUCCUCGCCCUUUUAUGUGUAAUUAGGUGGCCAAUUAAGAGAGCCAAGGCGCAUCCAGACAGAUCCUUUCCUUAUGAUUCCUGACACAGAGUUCUUUUCAUAGACUAAAAGAGAUGCAUUCUCAGCAACUGGCCAAUUCCUAUCUCUGCACCCUGCGCUUUGUCCACUCGCUUUUCUGCAAACUGAAAGGACAGACACAGAAAAAGCCAUACCCAGUAUUCCCUGCUGGGACAAUUCCUCCUCUAUAGAAAUCAGACGGUUGUAUUUAGUCAGCCUCUCUCCACGACUCAGACCUCCCAGUUUGACAAAAUUAACACCCAGUCCUACAGCCUGAAGGGACAGACACACAAUACAGGGGCUUUUACUGCCACAAAGAACAUGUGUUUAUCCAUCAUGCAUCUGCAAAAUUAAAAGAGGAGUAUCAUUUCUGUUUUUACGAAUGUUUACAAGCUAUACUCUAGUGGUAUCACAAACCCUUUAGCUUUGCAUAUUGCAGCAGAGUAAAAGUAUGUUUUUUAUUGUGUUACAGACAGAUUAGAGAAUCACAUCCUGAAAAACCUCCAUGAAAUGUACAAUAAACAGCAGUUAUAUUAAAGUUCAUCCUUCCGGUUUAAACAAAUUUUAAGAUC